AUGACGGACCUCACAGGACAGUCCAUCUGCCGCCUGCCAGGGGCCGGAGCCUUCGUGCUGCAGGAUGGCCACUGGGUCGUGGUGGGCGCCUUCCCAGCCCCCAGGGGGCUGGCUGUGGAGGCUGCCGGCCACCUUCUGGUGAAAGACUCCGUGCCUGGGGCCGUGCACUGUGUCCCGCUGAGCCCUGCCUUGCAGCCACGGGCCCCAGUCUCCACGCUGAGGCUGGAGGGUCCCCACUGGGUGGGCCCGGGGCCCGAUAGGGGCUGCACCAUGAGCAACGAGUUCAGGGAUGUGCGGCUGGUGGGCAGUGCCCGCCAGCCCCUGGGCUCCCUGGGGGCUCUGACAGGGCAUGCCGUUGGCAACCCUGGAGGUGUGUGCACUGAUGUGGAUGGCAGUGUGACCCUGUUCCCUAAGGUUGUGCCCAUCUGCCUGGUGUCCGAGGGACUGAGGCAUGUGGUUUGUAUGCCCCAGGACCAGCUCAUGGCGGCAGGUGUGGGGGAUGGCGCCAUCGAGGUGUACCAGUACUGCUCGAGGCUGGCCUGA